CAAGACAAGCCAAUCUGCAUGGACGACAGCCGAGGUUUGGCGUUCUCGUGUUUACAGCUGAUCGAAUGUUUACAACAGCAAAUAUGCGCUGAAGCGCCUUUUGAGGGCCUUAACGGGCCCGCGCGUCAUCGUCAUGCCAUCCUCUAACCUGUGGGCUGUUGAUAGCACUGGAAAAGUAUUCACACUAACUACAAACGGAGUAUUCUGGCAGGAAUUACCAUACUCAGGUGUCGACCUGAAGCGUGUCUGCGCGCUCAAGUCAUGCGCUUGGGGCAUCGGCAGCGACCACCAAGUCUACUUGUACAUUCCGUCCGGCGACGUUCAAAUUCGAGUGUCUGAGGUCACCUACGAAAACCAGCGGUGGAAUCCCAAAGAGGGAUUCAGCACGCGUUUGCUGCCCACAGACAGACCCGCGUGGAGCAGCAAGGACGGUUUAUCCGCUCGACCCAAGCAGAGCAUCAACUUACCGUCCAGCAGUUGGCAGUGGGAAGGUUGCUGGUAUAUAGACGACAACCUCGAUGGAAUCCCCUUGGGACCUCAGGGUUGGACGUAUUGUGUGGACUUUCCGUUCACGUAUACCCCAGAAAAACGUUGGAAUUCGAUGGUCCGUCGUCGGAAAUGGAUCAGGCACAGGCGUUACGUGGCCGUUGACAAAUGGACCAGGAUUCCGGGCAUCCACGGCGACCCGGUCGUCGAGCCCUUUGUCGAUGUUGUCGCCGGCGGAGACAGUGUUCCUGGCGGUGAACCGGACAGUUAUGCUGUGUGGGCUGUCACCAUUCUAGGCAGAGUUGCCUUUCGUUCGGGCGUCACUCGCCUGAAUCCAGAGGGAGACGGCUGGGUCGUGGUUUCUCUCCCGGAGAACUCGGAGGUGAGCCAAAUAUCGGUUGGACCAAGUGGACUCACCUGGGCUGUUGCAUGGAGUGGCAACGCCCUUGUGCGAGUUGGAGUGUCAAGAGAGGAUUACGUAGGUACUGGCUGGACAGAAGUGCCCGCGCCUGAGGGUGACCACAAGCUUGCGCAAGUUGCGGUUGGGCCAAGUACGGUUUGGGCCAAAAGCCGCGAUGGCACAGUGUGGUUUCGAAAAGGAAUACACGGAGAAGACCUUGGCUGCCAGGAAUCGAUUACAGGAUCAGGUUGGGUCGAGAUGGUAGGGAAGAUGGCUGUCAUCAGCGUGGGACCUAAUGACCAGGUAUGGGGUGCAAGAACGGCCGACCACCGCAUCUGUUUACGAACUGGUGUCACCCUUCACGAGGCAAGCGGUCGCGAGUGGAAAGAAAUAACCGUUCCCAUUGGGAAGCCCGUGAGCCGGACCAGCAGUUCGUCCAGCUUGACGUCUCUUGGAAGUGUGUUGCCACCUACUCCAAAAUCCGCGGUUACUGACCUUGGAGGAUCAGAACCGGUGUUUUCCUUUUGUGGAAGCAAAGGAGUUGUUUCUGGAUCGCCUCAACACUCUCCAGGUUCUCCCCGUCUAAAGGCAGUUGAAAACAUAGGUGACGGUGCAACGAGCUCAGAUCCAAGCUCUGGUCCCCAUGAUGUCCCACGUUCUCCAAACUUCUUAAAAAGGCCGACGAAGCCGAAACAGUCCGGUGAUGACAACGAUUCCGACGAUAUGUCAUUUGUGCCGUGGUCCUGUACGUGCGAUGGAAGUUCCAUUUUCUGGACGUGGCUUAGUGGGAGUGCUUGUACAAUUGACUACCUCGCGGCUCCUGCUUCCUGGUUCAGCACAGGUCAUUCCAGUAGCAGGGGCACUCAACUGAAUGCACCGUGGAGGAUAGCUGUUUUAUGCCGUCUAAAGCAGACACGCUCCAAAGAGACUAAAGAUUUCUUGUACAAAGACGCUAUAGAAAAGCAAUCAACGUGGGUGAAAAGUGCUAAUCCCCUGCUCUGGAGAGACACCCAUCCACAGCAGUGGGUUCACUGCAAGCUGGAGCUGGAGCGACAAAGUUUGGAAGUAGAAGGGGUUGAAUCUGUCAUGCUGGGACUAGAGUAUACCCAUGGUGGCCAUCACAAGAGGGUGAAUAUUAAUGUCGCUGAAGUAACGUGUGUGUCCAACCUUUCGACCCGUGACCAUCGCAUUCUCGGAGUGUACACCGAGGAGCUUAACAGAAAGAAGACGUACGUGAAAAUUGCUUUCGCGUCUGACGCAGAGCUUGAGGAAUGGAUGGCAACAUUGAACAUGGCAGUGAGUGACCUGCAUGGCGUUUCUGGCCGACCAAACCCGACAGCCGUCUGGGCCAUUGCACGGUGCGGUGAUGCGUAUGUGCAGUCGGUUCAUGGUUCAGCCCUAGAACAACUUCGAAUAAACGAUGGAUUCUGGCACUAUCUGGGAGGGGGCCAUUUCCGUGUCGUUGAAUCGUGUCCACAGGGUGUUACGUGGGCCAUUGGCCACAACAACACGCCGUGGGUAUACACCGGUGGUUACGGAGGUGGGGCCUAUAAAGGGAUCUCGGGGCAGAACGUCAACGUUCAUCCCAUGACGGACACAAAGUGUGUCUACAUCUACGAGAAUCAGCGCUGGAAUCCAUUUUCGGGCUUUGCGGCACGAGGUCUCCUGACGGACAGGCCCAUGUGGAGCGAUGCCGCGGGACUCGUGGAAUGUAACAAAGAUAGCAUGAGGCCCGAUUCAGUUCAUUGGCAGUGGCUGACGGACUGGGCAGUGGACUACAAGACUCCCGGAGGUGUAGAUAGUGACGGCUGGCAGUACGCCAUGGACUUUCCUUUCACGUACCAUGCGCAUAAAGGGUUGACGGACUACGUCAGACGACGGCGCUGGUUCAGACUGUGCAAGUUACAUACAUCUGGGCCCUGGCUGGAAGUUGAACCAGUCUCCUUGAAAUCCGUUUCACUUCAAAUGAAUUAUGACUGCAACUCUGCAAGUUCCAUCGCACUAUGGGCUGUGGCAGGCAAUGGAGAAGUGCUGUACCGGAAAGGUGUUGCACAAGGCUGUCCCCAGGGUGAGUGCUGGCAUCACGUGUCGGCCGAACAGGCUUUCGAGUCUAUCAGUGUAGGAGUGGGUUCCAGUCUUUGGGCAUUGGGCAACGAUGGAUCUGGUUACGUCAGGAUUGGCAUAUCGUCUGAACGGCCCACCGGAACCACCUGGUUCCAUGUGGAGCCACCCUCUGGGUCAUGCUUGGCCCAGGUCUCCAUGGGAAAGUCAGUCGUCUGCGCGGUCGACACGGCGCGCCGCCUCUGGUACCGCGCCGAAGUGCUGCCAAUCUUUCCCGAAGGCACUGCCUGGAUUCUGGUCUCGGAAGAUGUCUGCUGUGUCUCUGUGGGGCCGAACGAUCAGAUUUGGGCCAUCAUAGACGUUGUGCAACACAAGAAGAAGGUGCUGAGCAAUGUCCUGGCACGACGAGGAGGGAUCUCCGAAGCGCAUCCUUAUGGGACGGACUGGGACACUGGCUUCGGUGCUGACUGGAGCCACGUAUCCAUUCGAGGAUGUCCGUACCGGGAAGACGCACUGUGAUUACGAAGGUGAUAGUUCGGUGACUGUUUAGCGACGUUUCAAGCAUCAGCGCUCAUCUCCUUGGACUUUGCUCAAUGGCUUUGUCUAUCCCCUAGUCUUUCAUCUCAUGUGCAACACACAUCACUGUGUGUUGAUGUUGUUACCAUUGUUCAUGUUUUUAAAUCUAGUUUUGUGCCCUUUACGUUUGUGGAAAUGUCUGUCCGUCUGUCUGAUACUGAGGCUGGCGUGACAUGGUCGUAUCUUGUUUGAAAUUAAUGAAGGUGUUGUGUGCCAGACAAGAGGGCGAUACCUUAUCGCUGUUGUUGAACAGAAAAGCAUUUGAAGCAGCAAUGACUCUUUGUCAGUAUGAAGUGUCAAAUACGUAACAUCAGUUAGGAUGGUCGCACGUGCUCCUGUCCUAUUGUGAGGUUAGGGGACCAUAUGUUCCGUAGCAUGUAGGGCAGUUUGAGUGAUACUGUGACAAGUGUUUUGCGUUAGUUACAUUUGUUGGUCACAUUAACCAUAAAAGACUCUUCGAUUUUAGAAUUUAGAGGUUUGAAUUCCCCAUGCAGUUCCACAUGUACAGAUCUGUGCUCCUGAUAAUUUCACCAAGUGCAAUCGUUUUGCCAAAUUACAUGCCAGAGAGUGCAAAGAACAAAUGGUCUCAUAACACAAUACCUUGCAAGUUGCACUAGGUACUGCCAGCUAGGUACUAGGCUGGUCAACUGUGUGAUAUGAAAAAUAUUAUGUUAGUGAUACCAGCAAGGCGCACAACGUGAAGGCGUUUGUGGGCUUGAACUUUGUCAAAAAUUUGAGCUUUUUAAGAUAAUGAAGAUGCAUUCGCUUAUCACGCUUGGGAACCAUGCUAAUGAACAAAUCCUUGUUGCCAAAUACUUAGCUUACAUAGUCGCCAUCCGGUUUUUCGGACUCUGCGGAGAUCGCACAAAAGUCCGAAUAAUCGAGCAGUCCGAAAAAACGAAUUUCGCUUCAAAACUCAACUUCGUUAAGCACUAGUAGGCCGGAAAAAGUAGUCGAUGCUUUCUCGAUGAGCAGUCUUCCACUCACGCCUGAUAACGUUCCGGCUUUUUCCCGAAGCGAUAUUUCGUCACCGUAUAGGGACGAAAUCGCCUUCAUUAGUUCGGCUGCGCUGGGAUUCGACAAGUCGUCUAUAUGCCGAACACGUGGAGAGAACGUUUCAGGACACUUCAGGAACUUCUGCCAGCAUUAGCAGCACCAUUCCGCAAGUCGGCUUCACGUGACGCCUGCGUGCUUUAGGUGAAGCACGCUUUACGGCACUGUCGCGCGACCCGCGGUUGAAAACAGCACGUGCUGGGCCUUCGUGAAUUUCGGCAGCGAUUCGGCGUUUCGACAGGCUUCCUGCACUCAGAGUAAUGUAAAAUGAAGAGAUACUGCUCAUUUCUUGCCUUAAUUUUUAUAUUUUUUUAAAAUCUUGUCACGCGAAUUUCGGAUAAUACGAAUAUUUUCCGGCGUCCCGAGAGAUUCGUAUGAUCAAGAUUCUACUGACGUCGACGAUUCGACGUUAUGACAGUUCCUGCAUCUGGGACCAGUCGAGCGACAGGAGCGAAACUGGUGGGGGGCGCUCUUGGUGUAGCGCGUGGCCGUUUCCCGAUGUAGAAAGGGGAACAUGGUCCCCUUUUGACCUGUUUCACUCCUUAUUCCAGGUCCAGUUAAAGUGGGUCAUAAGGAACAAAUGAGCCAUGCGCAGUUCCUUGACCUUCGCAUCGCGUCUUGCGCACGAGGUGAGCUGGCGAAGGACGCUCGCUGACUGGGCACACUUGAGUCCGAAAUAUCGAGCGACGGGGCUGUACGGAGUCCGAAAUUUUUGGAUGUUGUGAUACAUAAACUCUAUGGGGCCCGUGGCCGUUCCGCGAACGCGUCCGAAAAAUCGGUCGGCGACUGGUAGUAUCCUUAGCACCUGCACCAUUUGUCACUUACGCUCUGCACAACUGCUUACAUUUUUAUCUGUGUCAUUCCAUGUUCAACCGAGGGUCAUUCUACAUCAUGGAAUCAGGACUAGAAAUACAUAGUGUGAAAAGAAUGUUUUUCGGGAAAGCUGAAGUCACUUUUAGAGCAUGAAACUUAGCGUGAAGACUGCUUCAGCUGGACCUUUUAAACAGAAAUGCAGGUUUCAUUAAAGAGGGAGUUUGCUCUCAAAACAUCAA